UUUCAUGGCAGUGGCACGCAUUUAAGACUUCGACUUUUCGUGACAGCAUGUCAUUUUCGACAUUUGAUUGAUAAUUUUCCAAAGAUCCAUCAAAUUAGUUUGUUUGAAAGUUAGUUUAGGCGCUAAACUAUAGUAUUUUAAUAUUUCAAAGUAUUAACAAGGAUGUGAUAUAUCGGACUCCAUAUUUGGAGGUCGCGGUUCUAGGCACCAUAAUGACCGCGCAAAAGUGUGUAGUUGAAGGCUGUAAUUUAGAGUAUGAUGUGGUUUGCAGCUUUUCAUUUUACAAUGUGAACACAUCAUCGGAAGGAGAAGGGCCGAGACAAGAAUGGAUCGAAGGGGCUAUGCAGGAGGAGAGCGAGUGUCUCUGGAGACAUGUCAGCCUGCAAUUAUGCGGGUAUCAUUUCGAAAUGGAUGCCCAAGGUUUAUGGAUCGACUCUCCGAUGUUACCAGAGUUGUUGGCACCUCAAGAGCAAGCUGCACCGUUGGUACAGUCAGCCAGUGAUAAGAAAGGGCCGGCGUCUGCGGGAGGCUUCCACGCUAUUUACGAACAGUUCAUACGCGGCCCGCCCAAAGCUGCUGAUAUAAUUCGUAUGGAACAUAACUACAGCGUGGAUCCGCCGAAGAAGGAACCCCAAGAGAAUAUAACAAGACUCAACGUACGACAACUAGUUGAUACAUUGGGAUAUUUAUCCCUUAAGAAUCUGCAACGAAAGCAACUGUGGGUUGUGAAGGUGGAAUCAGACAAGACAGAAGCCUCCAUCACUCAAUCAGAGCAGGUCAUCACCAAGAUGACAGAUACUAAGCAGGUCAUUGAGAUAUUGCCAAACACAUCGACCACAACGGAACCUAUUGAGAACCAAAGCGAAGUCCUUCAUAUAAUAGACGAUGCUAAUAUAUCGGAUAAUUUCAUAUACGAAAUAGCUGAAGAACAAGAAAUAACAAUGGAGGAGGUGAAAGAAAUUCCAAUAACACAGAACCCGGAAUGGAGAGUGAACAUUUUACCCGAAGAAUCUAAGCCAAAGUAUGCUUAUAUAAAACAUUGUAAUACAGGAAAAAAAAAAAGACAUUUCACAGCAGACAUGAAUGAAAUAACACUGCAAGGUGAUUUUGAAAAUUAUUAUAUUUUACCCGAUGUUGACCCAUCCGUAGGUGUAGAAAUAACCACAACAUAUGAUCCGGAGAAUUACAUUGUAGAAGAAUAUGAACAUCUAGUGCUAGAAAAUAGAAAUAGAAAGAGGGCUAAAGAAGAGAGCAUUAAGAGAAAGAAGAAAAAACUGCAGUCCGUAAGAGACCAAGUCAAACAGAUUCAGAUCAAAACUGAAAUGGGUGAUUGGUCUAUCGAUAGCAGUUAUGACCAAGAUACAUCAGAUGAUUAUGAUGAUAAAAAGGCAUCUGCAAGAGUUAGACGAAAAAAUAAGAAAUAUCUAGGCUAUGAUUUUGUUACCUAGCCGUUGUUAUUUUGAUGAUUUACAUAUCGGUAUAAGUUUUCUGACAAAUAUAAUUUGACUUGGUACCUAAAUUCAAAGAAAGGAACACUUCAAAUUCCAUAAUCAAAAGUGACUCAAAGUUGGUUGCCUCGGGGACAAGAGAUUGCCAAAGUCGCCUGCCCUAUGCCUGCCAGUCCAGCUGGCUGGAGCUGGACUAGCUUUGCUUGGCCGCCAUCCGCCAUCCUCAUAAAGUUGCCCAGACAUUGGAGUGUGUGGGCUUUGGCUUCUCCGAUGUAAUUCAACCAUAAAUAGUGGACAAUUUGUUUACAGUUUUUUAACUAUUCAGUGAAAAUUGUGUGAAAAGUGAUUGUGAAAUUAUUAGUGCUGAUCUAAUUGGAGAAAAAGUGUCAUCAGAAAGUUACUCGGAGAUAGUGUUGUGCUGUUUUGUUAACAUGAAGUUUGGAUUUUACUAACCCAACAGGCUUUAACGGUAAGUACUAAUAAACAAAUCAUUAAGUGUUAUAUGUUUAGUAGCGACAUGUUUGUCACAAGAUCCUUGUCAGUCUGUCUUUGGUUUUAUGUCAGUGUAGGACGUAUUUUGUGACGGAACUAAAUUUAUCGUAGUGUUAGGUACCAUGUUAUUAUGUUUUGUCUACAGGUUAAAAUUAGAUCAAGUGACUUGAUUAGUUUUAUUAUGACUUUCCUAUUUUAAGUUUUUUUUUGGAGAUAUAAUUAUAAAGUAAUGGAUUUUGUAAAACAGUUAAAGAUUUUCUUUUGGAAAGUUUCUUAAUUUUCCGAGUAAUUUCAUUUCUCUGACAAAGAUUGGUAUUUCUUCCUUUUUAUUACUCUAAUAGUAUCUUAUAUUAUAAAG